CUUCUUCCUUCAAGUUGGGCAUUCCGAGAUGGUCAUUUGACGGCGAAGGCUUGUCGACCCACGUAUGGAAAUAGAGCUCCGUGUAUGACCAUUUUUCUACUUUACCUAGCCUCUCUUGAUCCGACAAGCUGCCAUACUUCACAACCAAUGUUUUAUGGGGAAAGGAUGCCGACGCUAGCAGCAGAAGAAUACAUUGUCGCGUGGGUUUGCCCGUUGCCCGACGUCGAGUUGCCGCCCGCACGAUUGAUGCUAGACUACGAAUAUGAGGCGCCCAAGUACAACACUGACUACGAUAAGAAUACGUACAUCUUUGGCUCGAUUUGCGGCCAUGCGACAGUCAUCGCCACAAUGCCCAAGGGCAGGACGGGCAACGUGAACGCAGCCCGCAUAGCUGGGCCACUGCGAGGAAGUUUCCCCAGCAUCCGGAUCAUUUUGCUAGUCGGCAUCGGAGGCGCCAUACCGUUCGGGGGUAAAGAAUAUGAUGGCUCGGCCGAUAUGCCAGGUAACAUCUUCUUGGGUGACGUGGUGGUCGGGGCGCCUGGCGAUGGUGGUCCGAGUGUGAUACACUACGACCAUGGUAGAACAAAAAAAGAGGGGUUCGAGAUUGUGGGGAAAGACAUCAUCGCCCGCCCGGAUGACCGCAUCCUUAGUGGUCUCGCGGUUCUCAAGGCAAAUUAUGAUUUCGAAGGAGAGUGCAUCUUCGAUGCCGCAAUAACCAAGCUUAUGAGCAACGACUACAACAAGGAACGGUUCCGGGAACCUUCUCGGAGCACAGAUCUGCUCUUCGAGUCCUCUUACGACCCUGGAAGUGAGCAUUUGUAUGGCGACUGCAGCGCAUGCGACCACAGGCGCCUGAUCAAACGACCUGCUAGGCCGGUGGGCGGGAGUCACGGCCUGGUGUUCCAUUUUGGGAGAGUUGCAUCGGGCAACUCGGUGAUCCAAGUUGGGACCAGGCGCGACGAGAUAGGCAGGCUUUGCGACGGCGCAAUUUGCAUCGAGAUGGAAGCGGCGGGGGUGGACACGAGCGCGCCAUGUCUUGUCAUUCGUGGAAUUUCCGACUAUUCGGAUACACACAAGAACGAUCUUUGGAAACCCUAUGCCGCGGGGCAGGCUGCUGUCUUUGCCCGGACGCUGCUGAGGACGAUUCAAUCAAAUGAUAUUCGAAGUGCAGCGAUCUAUCGAAACAGCGGUCUCGCUCGUCUCCUAGAAGACUUCGAUCUGGUGAGGAGGCUGAAGUCUACUGGCGGGAAACAUGACGACAGCGGCAACGACGACUUCCAGCUGGCCCUCCAAAGCCUGGAGUAUGAAGACAUGAACAUUACAAGAUGCGGCAUCCAGCCGGUCAAGAGCGACACGGUCUCUUGGCUCUUUGCCCACCCAGUUUUCAAAGAAUGGAGAGACGGCAAACAUCAGGACAGAGAUAAAAACCUCAUUGCUCUCAAUGGCGGGCCAGGGACCGGAAAGUCCACAUUGAUGAAAGAAGCCUUUGAAAGGUUCUCGGAGGUUGCAGACACAGCGAGGCCGGCCGCUUCCUUCUUUUUCGGAAGAGACUCCGGAAGCAAAGAAACCAGUAUGUCUGUAAUGUUGAGGUCGCUACUUCAUCAACUUCUCCCUCAAAUCCCCAGCCAGCAAGCUCAGUUCACUCGUCUUUGGAGGGCAAAGCCACGGUCAAAGUCAUGGACAUGGACCGAGGCCGAGCUGCGUAUGACCUUUUUGAGAAUGCUGGAGGAACCGACUCCACGCAGGGUUUUUGUGUUUGUCGACGCGAUCGACGAGAGUGACUCACGGGAUAGAGUGUAUCGAUUUUUCAUCGACACAGUCAGAAUGAACUUCUCAGGCAAGGUGCCCUUGUCUAAAAGUUUGGCCGUAUGCGUAUCUCACCGGCUGGGAUACGACCCGUACACAAAGACUAUACACAUAUGUCUCGAGGACCACAACAAUCAAGCUAUUGUCGCCUUUGUUGAGCGUGAGCUUGACAUCUCUGUUGGACAUGGAGACGACAGAGCGUUACUGGCCACGGAGAUUGUCCGCAAGGCCAAUCACUGUUUUCUUUGGGCAUCUCUGGUACUCAGAGAGAUCCGGAUUGAGCGUGCUAGGGGUCGCAACCUAAUGGCACAACUAGAGUACGUCAAAGUACUCCCCGCACAGCUUAGGCAGCUCUAUACCUCGAUUCUGCGCAAGAUACAACCCGAGUUGCGUCCGGUUUCGCUGCGCCUUUUCCAAUGGGCCCUGUUGUCGUGCAGGCCACUUCACAUCUACGAAUGGCAUCAUAUCUUGCCCUUCAUCAGCGAAAAGCCUCCACUGUCUCUAUCUGAAUGGAAAUCAUCGAGCGAUUUCACUGGUGAAUGGAGAAAGCCAAAGGAUUCGACGUCGAGACACACCGCAGUGCCAGUUGCCGACGACAAUAUGCUCGAGGCGCGGAUCGCCGAGCUCUCAGGAGGCCUUAUAAAAGUUGACACAAUCUCGCCAGCUGAGACAGGGGACGAUCUUGGUUACGGGGGUGGGCAAUCGGCCACCUCGGCGGCAUUUGCAGGGUCUUUCGAUAUGCAUUCUGGUGCCUACAGGAUCGUAAAGCCUAGGCACGAAAGUGUCUAUGAGUAUUUUCUCAAGUCUCCCUGGGAUGGCUUUAAACUGCUGGGAGAACCCUCACCGAAUCCGGUUCCGCUGGGUCAUUGUUCAAUCAUGAACACGAUGCUGGACUAUAUCAAAAUUCGGGAUCUUGACGACUUCUUAAUGCCGCCAUCAGAUAGAGAUUAUCGAUCCGUCGGCAGCAAGUUCUCGUCUGUGAACAGCUCACGGUAUCUUGAUACACCUGAUGAUCGCUUUUCGGGAGACAUGGACCCAGAAUUUGACUCGACAGCGAAAAGCUAUGCUUCUCGAAGCUCAUCUGGGAGUCGAUCAACAAUUGCUGAUCGAUAUGUUCACGGAGAGCCUUCGAUGCUAAUCCAGCCCUGGGACCCUAGGGGUUUAACUCGCGACGAGAUGAAACCAGAGAACAGAGCUCUAUCAGACGGACUCAUUUCUCUAGCUGCCGAAGCUCUUGGCAACCCAAGGUUACAGUGGACCCAAACGUGGUUGAACAUGCAACUCGGUUUACGCAAUGUUCGGAGCGACCCCGAACUUGACCAGCCGAAGCCACCUAUACCCCCAUCGACGGUUGCGCAUGCAAUGCUGGCAGAAAGUCCUGAUCUUUUAGCGUAUAUCAGCUCGGCAUUCUUUUCGCAUGCAACACGAUCACCAAGUUCAUCUGAUGAAGUCCGUCCCCUUAUUACCCGUCUUUCUACGGAUAAAACUUGGGAAAGAUUGUCCUCUCUCUGCGGUGCAGAAACAUCAGGGUCUUCUUUGAUCUAUCAAGCUUAUAAGCUCAAGCUGGCUCCAUGGAUUGAGGUACUGGUCGGCACUUCUACACCGCAGCAAAGAAUCGCAGCGGGUCAUGAAGCAAUUGUGCAACGCAACAACCGAAUGCUAAAGCUGAUGCUCAAGAGAUUCAAGUCUCUGGUUUCAGAUGUAGAUGAGACUGGAGCGACUUUGCUCAGUCAUGCGGUGGUUUUACUAAACACUUCCGCGUCCUUCGUGCUGAUCGACCACGGUGCCGACGUAUCGGCGGCUAGAACGUCACUGCUUUCGGGCUCCGCAAACGCCUGUGCUGUGGACAGUGAGAGUAGUUCAGAGGUCAAGCACGUGAGAGCUGAGAGCACCAGGCCGUUCACUCUUGUCCUGGGCAAGCUGCUGCGGCACUGCGCCUGUAAGGAUGCCCGACGACGAUCAGCUAAGCACGAAGCUGCUUUCGACCGUCCCUGCAAAGACUUGAGAUCUCAAGCAAGACUUUUGGAGAAUACUGGCGAGUGUGACGGAGAGGAAACGGCUCUGAUGGCUCGAAUACAGCUCAUUGGGCUUAUGGGAGACUACCAUCUCUUCCGCAGCAAAGCCUGCUUGGACUCGAUUACGAAACACUUCUUCUCGACAUUUUGGGAAUUCAAUCAAGCUCCCUUUUCGAAUUCGCGUCGGUCGGAAAGAUGCAUGAUGGAGAUUGCAAAUCAUCUUCUUGGAGUCUUGUCACGGACCGCAACCUUUGCUUGGGACGACCUCGUGCGGGUUUGGGUGGGAUCAUGUGGACAAUAUCUAAACAGUAUGGGGCAAGGGACACUUUUGCACUAUUCAGCUACAUUGGACAUCCCAGGACUUACCGCUGCGGUCAUUCGGCACGGCAUCGAUACCUCAACGCUCGAUCUUGAGGGUAAAACGGCGUUGCAGGUUGCCACCGAGCAUGGCAACAACGCCGUAGUGGCGGUCCUUCUCGAGCACCAACAUGGCACCGGAAUUACAUUUCCAGAGAUAAAAUAAAAACAAUGGGAGAUUGGCAAACAAAUGAACCUCCGACUCCGUUCUCUAUAUUUCCAAUCCUCUCCAAUGCUGCGUUUCAAACAGAUCGUGUCUUUAAUGUAACUCCCCAACGUUGAUGCAUUCACGAUG